AUGUCGCUGGUGGCGCUGCCCUUCUACCAGAAGAGACACAGGCACUUUGACCAGUCCUACCGUAACAUUCAGACCAGGUACCUGCUGGACGAGUAUGCAUCCAAAAGGAGGGCGUCCUCCCGGUCAUCGCAGAAGUCCCUGAAGCAGCAGUCAUCCGCACAGAGCGCGUCUAGCCAGACCUCGACGGGGGGGACAACCUGCCAGCUCUGUGCGAAGCGGCUGAGCGCCUUGGAGGAGGAGCAUAAGAAUGAAAGAAGGUACCAGUCCCUGGUGGCUUCCUAUGGAGAGGCCAAGCGGGAGCGCUUCCUCAGUGAGCUGGCCCAGCUGGAGGAGAACGUGCACCUGGCGCGGUCCCAGGCCCGGGACAAGCUGGACAAGUACGCCCUGCAGCACAUGGUAGAGGACAAGAUGGCAUGGGAGAGACACGCGUUUGAGGAGCAUGCGAGCAGGGCCCCUGAGAUCCUGGUGCGGCUGAGGUCCCACACCGUCUGGGAGAAGAUGUCCGUGAGGCUCUGCUUCACCGUGCAGGGCUUCCCCACGCCCGUGGUACAAUGGUACAAAGACGGCAGCCUGAUCUGCCAGGCAGGUGAGCCAGGGAAGUACCGGAUUGAGAGCAAGUAUGGCGUGCACACUCUGGAGAUCAACAGGGUGGACUUUGAUGACACUGCGACAUACUCGGCAGUGGCCACCAAUGGGCACGGUCAGGUGUCAACCAACGCUGCGGUGGUGGUGAGAAGGUUCCGAGGCGACGAGGAGCCACUCUACUCCGUGGGACUCCCAAUCGGACUGCCCCUGUCCUCGGUGAUCCCGUACACACACUUCGAUGUUCAGUUCUUGGAGAAAUUUGGAGUUACCUUCCGAAGAGAGGGUGAGACGCUCACGCUCAAGUGCACGCUGCUGGUGACUCCAGACCUGAAGAGGGUGCAGCCACGGGCCGAGUGGUACAGGGACGAUGUGCUGCUGAAAGAGUCAAAGUGGACCAAGAUGUUCUUUGGAGAAGGCCAGGCGUCGCUGUCCUUCAGCCACCUGAACAAGGACGACGAGGGCCUGUACACCCUGAGAAUUGUGUCCCGAGGCGGAGUCAGCGACCACAGCGCCUUCCUGUUCGUCAGAGACGCUGACCCGCUGGUCACAGGGGCUCCAGGGGCACCCAUGGACUUGCAGUGUCAUGAUGCAAACCGAGACUAUGUCAUCGUCACGUGGAAGCCACCCAACACCACCACCGAAAGCCCUGUCCUCGGCUACUUCAUUGACCGAUGCGAAGUGGGAACUAACAACUGGGUUCAGUGCAACGACGCCCCAGUGAAGAUCUGCAAGUACCCCGUGUCGGGACUUUUUGAAGGACGGUCUUACGUGUUCCGCGUGAGGGCCGUCAACAGCGCAGGCGUCAGCAGACCUUCCCGGGUCUCCGACGCUGUGGCUGCCCUUGACCCCGCUGACCUCAGAAGGUUACAAGCGAUUCACCUGGAGGGAGAGAAAGAGAUGGUGAUCUACAAGGACGACCUUGAAGGUGACGUUCAGAUCCCAGGCCCUCCCUCCAAUGUGCACGCCUCGGAGGUCAGCAGAACUUACGUGGUCCUCAGCUGGGACCCGCCCACUCCCCGGGGCAAGGAGCCCUUAAUGUAUUUCAUUGAGAAGUCUGUGGUUGGGAGUGGCAGCUGGCAGCGUGUCAAUGCCCAGACGGCCGUGAGGUCCCCUCGGUACGCGGUCUUUGACCUUGCAGAGGGGAAGUCGUAUGUGUUCCGCGUUCUGUCAGCCAACAAGCAUGGCCUGAGCGAUCCGUCAGAAAUAACACCCCCCAUCCAAGCACAGGAUGCCAUUGUGGCCCCUUCUGCGCCUGGCCGAGUCCUUGCUUCGCGGAACACCAAGACAUCCGUGGUGGUGCAGUGGGACAGGCCGAAGCACGAGGAGGCCCUGCUGGGCUACUACGUGGACUGCUGCGUGGCGGGGACUAACCAGUGGGAGCCGUGCAACCACAAGCCCAUCGGAUACAACAGGUUCGUGGUGCACGGUCUGACCACGGGCGAGCAGUACAUCUUCCGGGUCAAAGCUGUCAACGCUGUGGGCAUGAGUGAGAACUCCCAGGAGUCGGAAGUCAUCAAGGUCCAGGCCGCCCUCACCGUCCCAUCCCACCCAUAUGGGAUCACACUUCUGAACUGUGAUGGCCACACCAUGACCCUGGGCUGGAAGGUGCCCAAGUUCAGCGGCGGCUCACCCAUCCUGGGUUAUUAUAUAGACAAGCGUGAAGCUCACCACAAGAACUGGCAUGAGGUCAACUCCUCUCCUGUGCAGCAGAGGAUCUUAACGGUGGAGGGCUUGGCGGAAGGCUCAUUAUAUGAGUUCAAAAUUGCUGCCGUCAACCUGGCGGGGAUCGGACAGCCAUCGGACCCCAGUGAGCUCUUCAAGUGUGAGGCGUGGACAGCACCGGAACCCGGUCCUGCCUAUGACUUGACAUUCUGUGAGGUCCGGAACACCUCGCUGGUCAUGCUGUGGAAGGCCCCAGUGUAUGCAGGCAGCAGCCCUGUGUCUGGGUACUUGGUGGAUUUUAAGGAAGAAGAUUCUGGGGAAUGGAAGACGGUGAAUGAGGUGGCAACUCCAAAUCGUUAUUUGAAGGUCUGUGACCUGCAUCAAGGUAGGACGUAUGUGUUCCGAGUGAGGGCAGUGAAUGCCAGUGGGCCCGGGAAGCCCUCCGACACGUCAGAGCCGGUGCUGGUGGAGGCCAGGCCAGGCACAAAGGAAAUCAGCGCUGGCGUGGACGAGGAAGGCAACAUCUACCUGAGCUUUGACUGCCAGGAGAUGACGGACGCCUCUCAGUUCACCUGGUGCAAGUCCUACGAGGAGAUAGCCGACGAGGAGCGGUUCAGCGUGCACACGGAAGGCGACCACUCGAAGCUGUACUUUAAGAAUCCAGAUAAAGUGGACGUGGGGACCUAUUCUGUGUCCGUGAGUGACACGGAUGGCGUGUCCUCCAGCUUUGUUCUGGAUGAGGAAGAACUUGAGCGUCUGAUGGAGCUGAGCCAUGAGAUAAAGAAUCCCACCAUUCCUCUGAAAUCAGAAUUAGCUUAUGAGAUUUUCGACAAGGGCCAGGUCCGCUUCUGGCUCCAGGCUGAGCAAUUGUCGCCAGACGCCCGCUUCCGAUUCGUCAUUAAUGACAGAGAAGUCUCAGACAGCGAGACACACAGAAUCAAGUGUGACAAAUCAACUGGCGUCAUUGAGAUGGUGAUGGAUCGGUUCACCAUUGAGAAUGAAGGCACAUACACUGUGCAGAUUCAGGAUGGAAAAGCCAAGAGUCAGUCUUCCCUGGUUCUUAUUGGAGAUGCCUUCAGGACCGUCCUAGAAGAGGCUGAGUUUCAAAGGAAGGAGUUUCUCAGGAAGCAAGGCCCUCACUUUGCUGAGUAUCUGCACUGGGAUGUCACGGAAGAAUGUGAGGUUCGGCUGAUCUGUAAGGUUGCAAACACCAAGAAAGAAACGGUUUUCAAGUGGCUCAAGGAUGAUGUUCUGUAUGAGACUGAGACCAUGCCUAACCUGGAGAAGGGGAUCUGUGAGCUGCUCAUACCAAAGUUGUCCAAGAAGGACCAUGGUGAAUACAAGGCGACCUUGAAAGAUGACAGAGGUCAAGACGUGUCUACCCUUGACAUAGCUGGCAAAGUGUACGAGGACAUGAUUCUGGCGAUGAGUCGGGUCUGUGGGGCGUCUGCCUCUCCACUGAAGAUCCUGUGCACCGCGGACGGCAUCCGGCUCCAGUGCUUCAUGAAGUACUUCACAGAGGAAAUGAAGGUCAACUGGUACCACAAAGAUGCCAAGAUCUCGUCCAGCGAGCACAUGCGGAUAGGGGGCAGUGAGGAGAUGGCCUGGCUGCAGAUCUGUGAACCCACGGAGAAGGACAAAGGCAAAUACACUUUUGAGAUUUUUGAUGGCAAAGACAAUCAUCAUCGCUCACUCGACCUCUCUGGACAAGCCUUCGAUGAAGCCUUUGCGGAGUUCCAGCAACUCAAGGCUGCGGCCUUUGCAGAGAAGAAUCGUGGCAAGGUGAUUGGUGGCCUGCCUGAUGUGGUGACCAUAAUGGAAGGCAAGACCUUGAAUCUGACCUGCACGGUGUUUGGAAAUCCGGACCCUGAGGUGGUUUGGUUCAAGAACGACAUGGACCUCGAGCUCAGCGAACACUUCUCAGUGAAGGUGGAGCAGGCCAAAUUCGUCAGCCUGACCAUCAAGGGGGUGACCUCCGAGGACUCAGGGAAGUACAGCAUGAACGUCAAGAACAAGUACGGGGGAGAGAAGAUCGACGUCACCAUCAGCGUGUACAAGCACGGGGAGAAGAUCCCGGAUGUCCCGCCGCCCCAGCAGGCCAAACCGAAGCUCAUCCCAGCGUCCACCUCUGCAGCAGCUGAAUAG